GUCUAAUCUCUCGCUUUAAAACUGAACGGGUGAAAUAAAAUUUGUAAGCAAUGACUAAAAUUAAGUAGAAACUGCACGGAACUUUGUUAGUGACAGAUCCGAUAGCAUUUGUUUGGAGGGUUAUUCUAUACGUGGAAAAGUGAGUCGUGACUAGAGAUACCAUUCACCAUGCGGACCAUUGCGGUUUACUUUUUGACGUUUAUUGCAAUGUGUUCCAUGGAUGGAUUCCAGUCCAGAAAAAUCGCAUCCAAUGAUCGCGCGAAAAACGCGCAGAACGAUGACUUUGAUUUCCUGUUGUUUGCGCAACAAUGGCCGGCGUCAGCUUGUGUGGAUGGACAUUUUACCGCGAGUGCGACAUGUGGUUUCCCGCCUGGAUUAUCGCAGACGGGUUGGACCGUUCACGGUUUAUGGCCGUCCAAAAUCAAAUCGAUGGGUCCGGACACAUGCAGCCGAACGGCAUUCAAAGCGGACAUCCUGAAACCGCUCAUGCAGGACCUGCAGACCGUGUGGCCCAACCUGAUCACCAGCAAACCAGAUGACAGCUUCUGGGCCCACGAAUGGACCAAGCACGGCACUUGUGCCGCUAGCGUACCCGCCCUGGCCGGCGAGUUCAACUACUUCAACAAACUGCUGCAGUUCUACAAACAGUACAACCUGUACAACGCCCUGCAGGCGGCCAACAUUGUGCCCAGCGUCAGCAAGACCUACACCCAGGACGCCGUGAUGGCGGCGCUGCGCAAAGGAUUUAAUAAGCAAGUGGGCGUGCAUUGCGCGUACCGCAAGGAUACCCAGCAGCAUUAUUUGGCAGAAAUCCGGCUUUGUUUGACGAAGGAUCUGACGCUGAUGGACUGCCCGCAAGAUAUUAUGCGACGAGAAACGGCGUCGUGUCCGAAGAACGGGCGGUUGCUGUAUCCACCGCUGCCGCCUAGUGCCAGCCGCACGUCGAAUCGCGCUGGCGGUCGCGGAAGAAAUCCACGCGGACCAUAAUAGCGAAUAUCUGCACUGCUGUGGAGGAUAAUGAUAUACAAUACAAUAGUAUACGUGUGCUUUCUGAUUAUUUAUACACGUGUUAGUUUAUGUACUUGAGAGAUGUAACACAUAAUCUCGUUCUGGAAGGUCACUCCUCGUUUGCUAAC